AUGGCGCCGACAAAGCUGCAUGUUCUCAUCGUCGGGGCAGGCCUUGGCGGCCGGUUCCUUGCCCAGAUCCUGCGCAAAAAGGGCAUAUCCUUCGAAAUCUUCGAUGAGCAUCCCGUCGAAAGAACAGAUUCUGGGUUGUGGCCAAAGGCACUGACUCUGCACAGUGUCGUCCAAUCCCUUGAUGCGAUGUUGCCAGCCGAUCUGCCUCCAGCAAGGCAAACUCUGGACGUAUGCUCUAGGCUGGGUCUCGAGACACAAUCCUGCAUCUACAUAGGCGGCAACCCACGUCUGGGGGUCGUCAAUAGCCCGCACACACCACUCCUCCAUGUCAGCCACCUCGAAAUGUUGCUCUGGCUUUCCACAAACGUGGUAAUUACACGAGGCAAAAAGGCGUGCAAGAUUGACGAGACGGCCGAUGCGGUCGUCGUGACCUUUGAGGAUGGCACGUCGGCAACGGGAGACCUAUUGGUGGGUGCGGAUGGUGUCGACAGCUUCGUCCGCCAACAUCUGCUUGGGGAAGCUAAGACGGAAUGGCUCGAAGGUGUUGCCGUCCACGGGUCUGUGAUUCUUUCAGGAGACGACUUGGAGCGACAGCUGGAAUUAGGGCAUGCUUCCAGUAUCAUGCCCACAAGACCUGAUCCCACUUUUGACGUCAUGUAUGCCGCACUUCUGGAAGUUCUUCCCGACGGAAAGUCGGCUCGAUACGCCUGGCAGGUUGGGGGCUACGAGGAGGGACCAAGGCGCGAUGGAUACAACAUGGCCCCCGAGGAUCUCCGGCAGAAAGCAUUGGAUCUUACCAAAUUGAUCGACCCCCGAGGACGCAAGAUUAUCGAACAAACGCCAGCAGAGGGGAUCGAGGGCUGCUUUUAUUACAAGGAUGCCAAGAUUGAAGAAAUCCCGGCUGCCAGGACGACGCUAAUGGGAGAUGCCGCCCACACGUGCGCGCCGUUCAAGGGCGAUGGAGCGGUGCAGGCUUUCCGCGAUGCCAUUCGACUUGGCAACGGGAUUGCGCUGCUAGAGUCAAAGGACCGUGACACGAUCACGAACAUGAUCGGUGAUUAUCUCGCCGAGAUGAUUCCAAGAGGGGUGGCAGCAGUUCGGGCAGGCAAGGCAGCUCUGACCGAGUAUACAAAUCUAUUGUCGAGACCUCGCGUCUUUGGCAACCGGCUGGGGCUCGUGCCCGAGGAAAGGCUAACCUUGGAACCCAGCGGGAAUAUCAAGGUUGAGGUGACUGCUGUUGCAGCUUCAUAG